CAUAUUUUUUUUCCGUCAAUCGCGUUGAACCAUUGACCAUCGCAAUACCGAUCUUUCUCGUGUACAUCAUUUAAACAUUUUUCACGCGGCGGUGAUUCAUACGAUUAUUUUUACACCCGUGACGUCCGCGUUGAGUGUUUUAUACGAUUAUUAUUUGCUUCUAUUUUAUCGGGAUUUCAACAUUGAUUGUAUUUUGACCGUAAUUGUGUUCGUCAAAGCAGUUGCACGUACCUACUUGAUUGACCGCGACCAUCACUGCAACUUGUCGUUGUCGAAUAGGAACCCGAAAUAACACGAGAUCGCCAUGAGUCUUCAGUGGACUAUCAUCGCGACGUUUUUGUACUUCGAAGUGGGAGUGCUGAUGCUGUUUCUGGUGCCAUACAUGUCAGCCAAACGCUGGAACCGUCUGUUCCGUUCCCGGUUCUAUCAGGCGCUCAGCUCGCAGGCCCAAUGGUAUUUCACGUUCUUGUUGUGCAUCCUCGUCCUGUUCCUGUUGGACUCAAUACGUGAGAUGCGUAAAUACUCCAAUCCCGAGCUCAGUGACGCUCAUCAACAUCUUGACCACGAGAUGCAGGCCAACAUGCGCCUGUUCCGCGCACAACGUAACUUUUAUAUUAGCGGCAUCGCGCUGUUCCUGAGUUUUGUCAUCAAACGUUUCAUAGCUCUGAUGACGCUCCAAGCGUCAUUGAUAGCCCAAAGUGAAGCAUCGUUGAAACAAGCAGAAAGCGCUAGCAAAGCAUCCAUAUCUUUGUUAUCGCAAAAGGAGAACCUUGACGGCGAGUCUGAAGCAAUGAAAAAACUCACUAAAGAACUAGAAUCCAUCAAGGCUGAUCGGGAUGCAAUCAAAAGUCAAGCAGAAUCGGUAAGCAAAGAAUAUGACAGACUCUUAGUUGAACAUGAAAAACUUCAGAAGACUGCUGGAAACGAAUCAAAGAAAGAUGAUUAAUUCAACAUAAUACAACUGAUAGGCGAAUACGUCUUAAGUAUUUUUAAUAUUUUGCAUUUCUAAAUUUAUAUGCUAAUUUUUUUUUUUUUUGGCUUCAGUAUUUUUGUUGGGUUUUUUUUUUUGUAAACCUAGUAACACUAACAUUACUAGAAGAAUUGUAUAUUUUUCAUUAUUAUUUGGUAUUGUUAUACUUGUAAAAAAAUAAUAAGUACUUGAGUAGACUAAUUA